AUGUUCUGGCUCUUCGUCUUCUCCCGCUUUGUGGUAAGCUUGGGACAGACAUGUUUCACAGUGGUGGUACCCUGUGUUAUUGCUGACAUGUUUGCUGGUGCUAGCAGAAGCUGCAUGUAUAUGUUGUUUUACUUUGCGAUUCCAAUUGGAAGUGGGCUUGGCCAUAUUAUUGGAGGUAAGGUAGCAGCUGUCACUGGCCACUGGACUUGGGGUGUACGAAUCACUUUUGUGCUAGGUGUUAUCUGCAUCUCACUCAUAAUCUUCUUUGUGGAUGAGCCCAAACGAGGUGCUGCAGAGGAAGAACAAGGCCAACUUCUGACUACACUUGCAGCUACCAACUAUUGUGAAGAUCUCAAAUCUCUUUCCACAAACUUCACCUAUAUUUUCGCAACCGCAGCGUAUACCGCAUUCGUAUUUGCACUUGGGGCUGUAUCAUGGUGGGCCAAGGAAAUUAUAGUUCACCGUGAAGCUCACACGAUGGGCUUAAACUACACCCACUUGCUGCCUCCAGGAAGAAAGAGUAUGAUUGAUGCAAUUUUUGGAGCUAUUACUCUCACUGGUGGAAUUGUUGGCAUCGCUCUCGGUUCGGUACUUUCAAUGCUUCUACGCUAUGGUGUUGGGCCAUCUAAAUGUGUACAGACUGAAAGAUCGGACUCAAUCAUAUGCGGAAUUGGAUCUUUCCUCGCUGCACCACUAGUGUACUUCUUAUUGUACUUGAUUCCAAUCGACAUGGUGGAUGCAUGGAUUACUUUGUUUUUUACAACGACUGCUAUGUGUCUCUGCUGGCCUCUCGUGGUAGAUUUGUUGGUGGAUAUAAUUAUACCAUCACGUCGAUGCGUCGCCGUCUCGUGGCAGACACUGAUUUCGCAUGCCUUUGGGGACGCCCAUAGCACUUACAUUAUUGGCAUGGUGAGUAAAUGUGAAGUGAAUGGAAGCAGAAUGUCGGCUCGUAUCAGUUAUCGUGAAAAACCACCGCUGAUCACACAUUAG